AUGCAUCUUGGUGAUUAUGGUUUUCGUGUUUGCAUAGACCAUGUGAGUGAUAUCCUUAGUGAGUAUGAUAAACACUUAAAUGAGAAAACAAAUGCAGUUAACACGUCACUUAGCGAACUUAGUACUAAUUUAAGUAAUCAAUAUGUCACACAAGUAAAUGAGAAGAUUAAUGAGCCGCUUGAAAAGCAGCUGACUGCUUGGCGGACCACUGUCCAAAGCCUCGAAACUGAGGUGAACAAAAUUCAGACUGAGAAAAUUAAUGUUUUAGAUACUACAUUGAAAAGUAGUGUGUUGCGUGAAUUCGUGCCUGUGAAAAGUGUGGUGGAGCAUAUGAGAAGUGUUAGCUUGGACCCAAACCUGAUGGACCAGGCGAAGAGGGUGGACGGGGAGUUGCUAAAGACGAAGGCGAAGUUGGAUGCGGAGAUUGCAAAGCAAUCCAUAACGCUUCAACAGAAUAUGAUCGUGCAGUUCAAUAGAGUCGAAAAUAGCAUUUUGAUUUUGAAAAGGAAUAAUGCUGAACAUUUUAAAAAAAUAAAUGACUCCGUCAAAGAGGCUCGGCAGCUGAUUGACCAAGUGGAUGGAACAUAUAAAUCAUUAGUUACAUGGCAUUUUGACGAAUUGAAAAAAGAGGUAAACAAGGUUCAAGAUGCUCUAUUCAAAAAAAAAGCAGAGCUUGAAGUCUUGGUAGAUCAGGCUCGGACAGCGUUCGAGACGUUGAAGGAGAAGGUUCAGGUUGGCACCAACGGUACGGCAGAUAGUAUAGAGUACAAUUGGACACAACUCCAAAUGCAGAUUCAGAACCUUGUCAGGGAUGUUAAGGGGAAUACAUAUUUACGCGACGGCCUUCAGGGGAUUGUAGACGGAGUGAAGACGUACGCUAAGGGUUUUGAAGACAAGACUACGUUUGGCCUUACCGUGCAGGACUGGAUUAAAAAAACAUUGGAACGCAAAAUAAUCAUACAGAAGCUUAAUGCGUAUGUGAGCGGUGGUAACAGUGGUCGUGUCAACUUUCAAAUGAAUGAAUACAAUAUAGGGAGGAUUACGACUGUAAUUAAGCAAUAUCUUAAGACACAAAUUGAAGAUGCGGUUAAUGUGUUGAAGACAAGAAUUCAAUUUAAUCUGGACGAAACAGAGAUAACUAGACAUGUCAAUGCUGUUCAGUCGGUUUGCAGUGCAUUUGCGGAGAGUCUUGAGCCAGAGAUCACUGAUACAGCUAUCCCAGCUUAUGGUGUAGUCUCCGGAAUUGAGUCGCAGCUACGGAAUGGUGGAAUAUUCAUAAACACUUCGCGUGCUACUUCCGAUCCAAAUCUUACUGAAACCGUUAAACUCAUUCUAAGCUCUCUCGUUGCAACCGCCCAGUUAGUUGGAGGGGUGGUCCAUUCAUUCACCAGCGACGCUCAUGCCAAGCUCGGCAAGAACGUUGAUGAAACAAAAACAAAAGUCGAAUUAAUAGGCAAGUAUUUUGACAAGAAUGAUGACAAAGAAGCUAAAGCACUAUCAACCGAAGACUUCGGGAAAAAAAUUGACGACGCCUUGAAAGUUGUCAACGCAAAAACCACAGUGCUGGAUAACAUCAUAAAGAAUUCAAGCGGCACGCUUCACAUUGCUGUUGGAAACCUUCAAGCAGUUUUUCAGAAGCUUGAACAAAUGAAGAAUGGUGAGGAUACCAAAGAUGACACAAUUAAUGCGGAGAAGAAAAAAGCGGGAGCCAAAAUGCAGCAAUUGAAAAAUGAUCUCGACGAAAAAUUUUAUGCACUCGAAUUAACCAUUGCCAGAGCCAACGAAACUCUUACACAGGCCAUAAAGAACGUACAAACCGCAUUACUGAGCGCUAGAGAAGCAUCCUUAAAUGAAGUCGAUAAACUGAGGAAAAAUCUCCUAGAAACCACCGAACAAGCAUUCAAAAAGGUAACCAUCGAAGUAAAAAUAUUAUUUGCGAACUCCCACAAGGCCGACCUAAAAGCCCUAAACGCGCUGGUUGAGAAACACAAAAAUAUAAUAGAAACAAUUCUUAAAAACGACAAACUCACGGGUCUAAAAGGCCUCUUAAAGAAGCUAAACGAUAGCUAUGCUUCUGCUAGAAAACUCACUGACCUCAAAGAUCAACAAAAUGUUGAAUCCCUGUCACAAAAACUACAGGAAUAUUUAGAUAAUAUUUUUAUGUACGUCCUUUUCGACCUCCCCAAACAUCUCCCCUCCUCUCCAUACUCCCCCCAACUCCAGUCCAUCCACACCGCUCUGACCACCCUCCUCUCCCACCUGUCCGAGAAAAAACACUUCGACCACCAGGUCCCCGGAAUGCUCGCGCAACUCAAGACGUCCGUCGAAUCCCUCCACUCCACUAACUUCGGCAACCCCGCGUAUCCCGUGCUCGACGCCUUCCCCAAGAGCCUGGAGCGCUUCGUCGAGCAGCUCGACAAGGCGUAUGUCAACAGGUACUCUGGUAAGACAUACAAUGACGAUGAGAGUCACAUGUACGCCAAAGUGCUCCUGACAAAUUUCUACACGCUUCACGAAGAAAUUAAUACAUUGCACAAGGGGUGUAUGCGAGGCGGCGAGUGGGAGAACAAAAAAUGCUGCGAAAACGAAAGACGCAGAGAAAAUCCCCUCGGUGCAUUUAUGAAGCGCUGUGGAUUCCAAGUCGCUAAGGAUGAAGACUCCAAGGACGGCGAAUUAAAAUAUCCCUCCGAUCUCAGUGGUAAGCAGAUUCAUGAGAAAUUACUUGCAAAGACAUUUGCAGGCGCCUCCAACAAUGAGCAUCUCAAAAACUGUGAAUCAAAUACAAGCAAGAAGCCCGCACAGUUCAAUUCCGUUGAUCUCGUCGACUGCCUGCUACACCAUGUCGACAAGUAUAGUGAGCUGCGUCACUUAGUUGCCCGCCCGAAACCACGGCACCCGUGUAAUGUCUAUGAAAUGCUUAUGUGGUGCACUGGUCUGACGUACAAUCCUGUGUAUUCUACUAUGCUCGACAUGACUCUCACUGACAUGUUUGCCGACUCGAAUAAGGCGGAUGCCGGCGACGGUAUCUCCGCGACAGAUCUCAGUGCCGUAUCCGUAGAUGCUUAUCCAGAGAACAUCACAUAUGACACCGUACGAAAAGCCGUGACGGACAUGUGUUCUAUUUCGUAUGAUGUCCUCUGCACCGUCGUCGGUCACGGAGACGCGUUCACAAACUACGCCAUCGACUUUUGCACCAACUCCACGAAACUGUAUUACCCCGGCUCCGGCGAGGACUGUUUAAAGAUGUUGCUUGAAAUCCUCCGUAGAAUGCUCCCGCCACUCAAGUUCAUGUAUAGCCAGUGCGGCCUGAAUUCACAGUGCUCCGGCUGGUCUCAAUGUCAAUACGGCAAGGACAUCUUACCGUCUAACUGGCCGUGUGAUGAACACCCUGGUGAUGAAUCUAGUUGCCGUCCCAGAUCCCCCCUCAUGUCGUAUCUAAAUGACUGUCUGCCAGGCCAUCUGCCUCAUGAGGUGUCCUCCAUUGGUUGCAAGUCAGCAUGUAAAACGUGUCCCAAGAGCCCACCCGGUAUGCCUUGUCUCACACCACUUGGAUUUAGGGGGUUCUCAGGAAGUACGCGGACAGGCAAAGAGCUAAGUAACGUGCUGAGCAAAAUCAUAAGUAACAAGCUUGCUGCACUAUUGUCCUGCCUACUGCCCAAAGCGCCAAAGACGUUGCCGGAGCAUUUCGGUUUCGCGUUAUCCCUCGUUAGCGGAUGGAACGGUAGUGCACAAGCGUCCAAAAAGCACUUAAUACAAGAUGCCUUAUCAACGUCUAUAAGUGAGGCAUCCAUAUACCUCCAUGAUCAGCCGAGUGACUUUACCGAUGCACUGCGUAAUACAUACGGCAGCAGCCAGAACGUUCAUAACCAUGCUAAUCAUAACCAUACGUCGGCCGACUUGUCGAGUCUCUCAAUGGAGCAGUCAUGCGAUAAUCAGCCGUGCGCCCCGUACCUUCGAUCGCUAUCCAGUGAUUCAUACACUCGCUUGGCCGAGAAGCAUAAGAAUGUCUACCUGUCAUGGGCCACAUACCUACCAUGGACGUUGCACCAGUACCUUAAAACUCUGCUUGACGAGUUCCAACAAAUAUCCUGCAGAGACUGGGGAUGCCGUCGUUGCCAACACGGUAAUAGCUAUGUGGUUUUGCGUUCGGCAAUGCUACAGUAUUAA